AUCAUCUCUGUGGCUUUUAUUUAUCUUGGAACUUGAAAGCUCGAAGUAGAGCUCUCUCUCAAAAUCCCUAAGCUCCGAAAGGAAAACAGAGUGAAAUCGCGUUUUACUUCUGCAAUUCUAUAUGUCAAAAUCCCCAAGCUCUGAAAGGAAAACAGAUCGAAAUCACGUUCAACUUCUGCAAUUCGAUCCUUUACAAUGCCUAGAAACGUCAAUUCUGUCCUCCACACCAGCAAUCUCUUCGCCGAUUUCAGGUAAUAUUGGAGAGGGUAGAGCAUUUUGCUCAGUUAGUUUCUGUAUACGAAGAUCAAAUAUUUUAAAAAAGAGCUCGUAUUCAACAGGUCCCACAACUUCCACGUUAAGCAAAUCCGGGUCAGUGAGAAUGUACUGUAAUCCACAUCUUGUCUGUUUUCUCAUUCAUAAUCGGAUCCUCCUUUUGGGUUUCCUUUCCAGCACUUCCAACUCUCAAUUCUACUCUCCUUCCUUUCCCUACACACAUCCAUCUGCAUUUCACCUCUUGUUUGAGAGUUUCCUUUUCCAGAAAAAUGGAGUGAUUUGAAACGAAUUUCUUUCUUUGU